AUGUCUCCAGGUUUGGACCACACAUAUCAGGAUAAUUAUGUUAAGUUGCCGCAUGCCAGCCAACUGUUCGGUCGUUCACAGGGUGCUGGUCUUAACGGGAAUGCGGAAUACUACUUCGAAGAGCCCUUAAUACCCAAUGGAUUCCUUUCUCUCGAGGUCACGGAAGCAGCUUGCAGCUGUAUGUUGGCCCAGUUAUAUGAAGCAAAGCAGCGAUCUGCCUCUCCAUUAACUCAGGAAAGAAUCGUUUUGGAAGAGUUUGGUCGAUGUUUGGAGCAAAUAAUUGAUUCUGCAGCAAAGUUGCAGACUACUACGGUUACAUCGGAAAACAUGAACUAUGCUCCGUACGAUGUGAACACAAAUCCAGAUUUUGUCACCAUUCUUCCAUCUUCUGAAGAAAUAGCAAUGCAGGUCGCCUCGAAUGCGACUGGCGACAGCUCAACGGUUAUCAAUUAUCUCAAUGAUUCGAGGACAAACAAUAUGGGUCCAGUAGAAUCAUAUGGAAAUAAAGAACUAGAAUUAUUACAAUAUUCUGAGCCCUUAGAUCCCUCUUUCGGAGCACAACUUCAUUGCGUGCCACAAUCGGAAAAAUUUGUUGCCCCUGAAAAUUCCAGCAUGAAUGCGUUGGGAGUGAUGACUGUUGUUCCCUAUCAAGUGGAUCCUUCAAUCGCUCCAAACUUAAUGUGUCAACCAAUCAUGAAGCUCAUGAGUGGAACACAAGACGAAAAUGCUCCAAAUAACUCUGGUUCCACGGAACAGUAUUUCUCUACUCAGUUAAAAUCAUCCGAUCCGGAACAGCUCAGUUAUCCGCCUAGGCGUGCAGAAGAACCGUAUGUGACCCAAAUGCGCAGCCCCCGUAUGACCCAAAUGAAUCCCAUCCACGGUGUUCUUACACCGAAUACAUCAUCUAAUAUUAUGGCUCAUUCCGGAACUAUUCCUAUUCCACCAUCUCAACUCAGUCCUGAAGGUCCAGUUAUUCUAACCGUGCCGAGUCAUAUGAACAAUUUUGGUGAAUUGAAACUGGGCGAUGAGGAUGAGGAUGAAGAAGCGCAAAACGCGGCGGCUGCGCUUCUGAAUGAUACUGCAUGCGCGCAACAGGCAACCCGAUUUACCGAACUGACAGAACCUGCGUGUUUGUCCAGUUCAACUGACCCAUUUGUCUAUAGAAAUUUGAACAUAUUGGAAGCUAACAGUCCAAGUAAUCAGCCAACGAUGACUCACUCAGAGAGUAUGGUGUUGCGCUCAGGUGGAUCCCAUCCGACUCAAGUGUCCAUGAACCAAUUGUCAGUGGUUACUCAGCCAGCAUUCCAAGCACCGAUACUUGGUGACACGGAAAAUUAUGAUUCACUUCCCUACGCAAGUCAAUCGGUUGACGAAAAUGCGAACUUUUUGAAACAGGAAAUGGAUUUUUUUAAUUUGUAA